GUGAAUUUUCCUGAUGUGGAGAGAGCUGAAUGGGUCAACAAGAUUUUGAACCACAUGUGGCCGUAUAUAGGGGAAUAUGUGGAGAAGAUUCUCAGGGAAAGUGUAGAGCCAACAGUCAGAGCCAGCCUGCCAGCUACUCUUCAGUCUUUCAAGUUUAGUAAGAUCGAUCUUGGAGACAUUCCUCCACGUGUUGGUGGAGUCAAGGUUUACUCAAAGCUGAGAAGAGAUGAGAUUUAUAUGGACUUGGAACUCAACUACAGCAGUGACUCCAGAAUUGAAGUGUCCGUCAAAGGUGUGACUGCAGGAAUCAAGGAUCUCAGG